ACUGAAGAAAAGUCUCCUCCUCGCUGCCAUGCUCUGUCAUGUGACACAAAGGCAAGCAUAGUCACUCAGACUGCUUUUUAACCCCUCAGGUUCCAAGCCCCCCUCCCUACCACUAAAAUCACUUGCAGCUCUCCCAGGAUACCACUAACCCCAUGAGUUUGCAGGGGUUAGUCACUCCCUGCUCCCUUCAGCAAUUCACUGCUAGAGGCAGGACAGAAAGGUGCAAGGUUAGGGAUAAUCUUUGCAAAUCUCUAGAAAUUUAGAAACGUAAAGAAAUAGGGAACCAGACAGUUUUCCGACCGAGGCUUUGAAGUGACGUCACCAGAGGCGGAAUCGUUAGUUGGAACUCAACCAUCAGCUGAUUGCCGAGCAUACGGAAGCCUUAGGGGACCAUAUCUAUAUCUUACGGAAGCGGGGCCUUCUUGGGUAAUGUUGAAUCAAGCAAUCCACCCACCAUGGCCAGUGUUCUUCAUGAAUGGGAUGUUUACUGCUAGUCAUUACUGUGUAUCUCACAUUAAGGAUAUGAUAAAACUCUCAGACAGCGAAGAUGAGGAAUGCAAUGAGAGAACAUCUUUGAUCACAUCAGAGAGUCCCCCUCUACCAUCAUACCAAGAUGGGGUCCAAGCCUCAGAAGGGCUGGAAACUUCUUAUCACAGGGAAAGACAACCAGAUAGUACACAGAAUAAUGAAGAUGUACCUAAUGGCAGAACAUCUGGUGCAGAUGCAUAUAACAGUGAAACUACAGUGGAAAAUGAGGAAGAAGAGUUGACUCUUAAAUAUGGUGCUAGACAUGUUAUUAUGCUCUUUGUCCCAGUCACUCUGUGCAUGGUGGUGGUUGUUGCUACAAUAAAAUCUGUCAGCUUCUACACAGAGAAAGAUGGACAGCUAAUCUACACGCCAUUUUCUGAAGAUACCACAUCGGUUGGCGAGAGACUCUUAAACUCUGUGCUUAAUACUCUUAUAAUGAUCAGUGUUAUACUUGUGAUGACCAUAUUCCUUGUGCUUCUUUAUAAAUAUCGCUGUUAUAAGUUUAUUCAUGGAUGGUUGAUCCUCUCAUCUUUAAUGCUGCUUUUUAUGUUUACAUAUAUAUACCUCAGUGAAGUUUUCAAGACAUACAACAUAGCAAUGGAUUACCCAACUUUGUUCAUGGUUAUAUGGAAUUUUGGGGCAGUAGGAAUGAUUUGCAUUCACUGGAAGGGUCCCCUUCAGCUCCAGCAAGCUUAUCUCAUCAUGAUAAGUGCACUUAUGGCUCUUGUCUUUAUUAAGUAUCUGCCAGAAUGGUCAGCAUGGGUCAUACUUGGAGCCAUUUCUGUUUAUGAUCUGCUAGCAGUGCUUUGCCCUAAGGGUCCUUUGAGGAUGCUUGUAGAAACAGCACAAGAAAGAAAUGAGCCCAUAUUUCCUGCACUCAUAUACUCCUCUGCCAUGAUGUGGACAGUGGGAAUGGCAGAUUCCGCUACAGCAGAUGGAAGAAUGAAUCAGCAAGUGCAGCAUAUAGACAGAAACACACCUGAAGGUGCAAACAGCACAGUGGAGGACGCUGCAGAGACCAGGAUUCAAACACAAAGUAAUCUCUCUUCUGAGGAUCCAGAUGAGGAAAGAGGAGUGAAGCUUGGUCUUGGAGACUUCAUAUUCUACAGUGUGCUAGUUGGAAAAGCAGCUGCAACUGCAAGCGGAGACUGGAAUACCACAUUGGCUUGUUUUGUGGCCAUUUUAAUAGGUUUAUGUCUGACGCUGUUGUUGCUGGCAGUUUUCAAGAAAGCUCUCCCUGCCCUACCGAUUUCUAUCACCUUUGGUUUGAUCUUCUACUUUUCUACAGAUAAUAUAGUACGCCCUUUCAUGGACACCCUUGCAUCCCACCAAAUGUACAUUUAGUGCUUUUGUAAUGCUGUGAAUUGGUGUAGAAGUGCAAAUUAUGAAAAUAUAUAAAUUUUAAGAAGGAAAUGUCAAAAUUCUGGCUGCUGUCAAACCAAAACACCAGUCAUUACUCAAAAGCUGGUGGGGGUUGCCAUUGUGCAGCUGAAAGGUCAAAGUUGUGGCAUUCUUGCUUUUAGCACCAAGAAUUUUUUGAAACGGCAGUAACCGAGGAAUCCAAAGUAUCUGUACUCCUUUCCAGAAGCUUUAUUGCACUACGCAGGUCAGGUGACAAGAACUACAAAUGCUUGUUCAAUCAAUAGCAAAACUUAAUAAACAGCAGUGUCUGGUCUUAAUAGGUAAUGUGGGCAGAAGAGCUAAAGGAAUAGCUGGCAGAGCCUCCCUCUUUAUUAUGGAUAGGACGAACAUUAUAUUUUUUUAAGAUGAGCUGAGAAUUAAGCCUAGUGUAUCCUUUGAUGGUGAUGCAGCAAAUAAAACACUUUUAGUGUGUGGAUGCAGCAACAUAUUUGGGUCUUUGGUUAUAUUUCAUAUUUGCAUAACAAUUUAAAUAUUAGUAUUUUUGCUUCUGCUUUCCACCUGCUACAGAGUUAAUGUUUCUUCUCUGUCAGCUAGUGGCAUGAUACGUUGUAAGUAUUACCAUUUCAGCAGCAGGUGUCAUGUCUCCCUUCCCAAUAGUCAUUUUAAGGAUCCUAAAUUGGAACCUGAAUAGGUCAAGUCUAGUGUAUUUAGCCACCAGCAGGUUUUAUCAGCCAUAACUAUAUAUGGUUGUAGGCCAACUAUGUCUUAUCUGUAUAUCAAAUGUACAUAAAGAGACUACUUUAAGCAUUUCUAUUAUCUGGAAGAAUCAAUAUAUUCUGUCUUAAUCAUGUCUAUAAAUAAAUAAAUAUAUGACCUUAUGUAACUUCUUUGUUUAAAAAAAAAAAAUCAAUAUGCACAAGUUUUAUUGAUUUCACAGAUUUUAUUAAGCAAUUAAACUUGUAUAAUACACAAAUGGAUCAUUUGUAUCAGGUUACAAGAUCUGUUAAUUUUAUAUAUGUGUGUUUUUGUACAUAUAAUUAUAUUAAAAAAUAGUUUCUGCUUUAAA